AGCAGUGCCAUUCAUUCAUCAAUUCUUACAUCUCAAAUUUAAAAAAGGAAAAGGAAGAGGAAGAACAAGUAGGAGGAGGAAACCCAAACCUCAGCCGCAUUUCAUCAAACACCUUGCGUUCGUAAACAUGAAGGCGGGCGCCAAGUUCAUCGUUCUCCACCACAAGCCCGCCGGUGGAGCGCCGCCGCCUAGCCCUUCCCUCCGCGCGUGGCUAUUGAUCUUCGUCCUCUUCUUCGUCUUCACUUUCGCCUUCACCCUCUUCACCGCCAGGGACGCCGCCAGGCCACCCGCCGUCGCGAAUUCCAAUUCCCAGCUCCCGAAGCCCGUCUUCGACGCCCUCGUCCACUACGCCGCCCUGAACGCCUCAUCCGCCUCCCGCAUGACCGCCGAGGAACUGAGCGCCGUCGCCGCCGUCCUCCGCCGCUGCGCCCCCCCGUGCAACCUCCUCGUCUUCGGGAUCACACACGAAACCCUACUGUGGAGCUCUCUCAACCGCAACGGGCGCACCGUCUUCGUAGGCGACAGCGCUUACAUGAUCUCGAAAUUGGAGGAGAGGCAUCCGUCGAUCGAGGCGUACGACGUCCAAUUCACGACGAAAUUGAGCGAAUUGUACGAUCUGAUGGAGUACUGCAAAGGGGAAAUUAGGGGGGAGUGCAGGCCGGUGCAGAAUCUGCUAUUCUCGGACUGCAAAUUGGCGGUGAACGACAUGCCUAACGACCUAUACGACGUCGCUUGGGACGUGAUAGUGGUGGACGGGCCGAGGGGGUGCUUCGGGGCGGCGCCGGGGAGGAUGUCGGUGAUUUUCACGGCGGGGGUGCUGGCGCGGAGCAAGAGGGGCGGGGCGGCGGAGACGCACGUGUUCGUCCACGAAUUUGAUGGGGAAGCAGAGAGGGUUUGCAGCGAGGAAUUCCUGUGUGUGGAGAAUUUGGUGGAAACCAAAGGUAUUUUGGGGCAUUUCGUCAUCGGAAAAAUGGAUGAUAAUAGUAAUGGCUUUGGAUUUUGCUCCGUUUCUGCUUCUUCCACUUUUCCUCGCAAUUCGAUUUGAUCUUUUUUUUAUUUUAUUUUACUUUACAUUGGAAUGUAACUUUUGAGUUUAAUAUAGGAGUAUUUAUAUAGUACUAGGGUUUUCAAAUGCUUAAUUGAAUUUGGAAAUGAAAUAUUAAAGUACCACAUUAAUACUUA